UGAGAAUCGGGCUGAGAUCAGCAUAGGUCGCUGGAUGAGGGAGACGUGGGUCCCUGAUGCUUUUCCCGCUGAUGUCGGCAUCGGUGGGCGAUGAACACUGGGGGUAUAUUAGCAGGUGAUUGGCACCGUGGAGGAAGCUGGUUCUGGAGCAACACGACAGGUAAUUUCUCAGCAUCAUGGAAGCUGCCAUCGACACCUUGAUCCAACACUUCAAAGACUAUGCUGGAAGAGAUGGAUCCUCCACCCUGAACAGAAACGAAUUCCACCAACUGGUGGCCGAGCAGCUUUCUAACUUUAUGAAGCCACAGGAUGCCAAAGAUCCCGGAGUGGCAGAUCGCCUCAUGAACUCGCUGGACCAAAACAACGACGGGGAGCUGACCUUCUCUGAGUUCUGGCACCUGGUUGGGACACUCGCGAGUAAGCAAGGAGGUUUCAGUCAGUGAAGCCGUGCCUGGUUUUCUGUAAAGGUGUGGCUUUGAGUAGAUUACACAGUACCAACGGGGCCAGAUGAAACUGUCCGACUUUAAACUUGCGGGCACUGGAUUUGUUGUAUUGUGGUGGCGGUGCCAAAUGUCUAACUGAUUGGUUAACCAUUUACUGAAUGUGAAGGACUCUGUUUGAAUUAAAAUUUCCAUUGUCUUGGACCGUCGGUCACCAGC